GGGUUGCAAAGCGACUGUGACUUUCCAAUGAAUACGUUGGCUCAGAACCCAAAUGUUGGAAUGCUACAAGGAAAGGAUGGGCUUGCAUUCAACAGCGCUUCUGGUUAUUUGGACAGUUCAAUAUUUGGCUAUGAGGUGCCUGACAAAUUGUUGGAGGCACAACAGUUUGGUCAUUUGGACAGUUCGAGAUUUGUCUAUGAGGCGCCUGGCAAUUUGUUGGAGGCACAUCAGUUUGGUCAUUUGGACAGUUCGAGAUUUGUCUAUGAGGCGCCUGACAAUUUGUUGGAGGCACAUCAGUUUGCCACUCCACUGGACUACGGCUUCAACACUCUGCCUUUGACUUAUAAUAACCAGCAGUCCACCUCCGGGGCAGGAGUGAAAAGCGCCUUUGAUUUUCCAAUGAAUACAUUGGCUCAGAACCCGAAUGUCAUAAUGCUACAAGGAACCAGUGGGCUUGCCUUCCAUAGUGAUUCUGGUUAUUUGGACAAUUUGAGGUUCGUCAAUGAGGCACCUGACAACAUGUUGGAAGCACAUCAGUUUGGCACUCCUCCAGACUACGGCUUCUGCCCUCCUCUACCUUUGGUUUCUGAUGACCAGCAGUCCACCUCCGGAACAGGACAAAACAUGACCUCAACUGCCCAAGAUUUUUGGCCGAGAUUCGAGGAACAGUCGCAAAGGCUCUGUAAAUGGCUUAUGUCGAAGGGACAGUGGAAUCCUUGAGAAUGCCAUUUAAAAGGAAAAAAGAAAAGUGAAUAAUCUUGAU